AUGAAUCUCGCCGACAAAUCAAGCAAUAUGGAUAUCAAGGAAAAUGUGAUCGUCGAUGGAAUCUUACGCUAUCCAAGCACCGGUUUGGAUAUUAUCAUUGUCGGUGCAGGCUUGGGGGGAAUGAUGCCUGCUAUCGAGUGCUGGAGAAAGGGGCAUGAAGUCCAAAUUAUCGAGAAGGAGUCAGCCCUUUCAACAGCCGGUGAUAUUGUGGCCAUCGGGCCCUCGGCUUGGGCUAAUUUGCAAAAGUACCCAAGUAUGCUCGAAGAGUGGAGCAGAAUUUCAGUUGACGCUCAAACCGCGUAUUUCCACCUCAACGGUGAGCCAGCUGCGAAGCCGUUUGAGUUCGAGUACAACAGACCAGGAGCCGCUCAGCAUGUAGCGUAUCCUUUGAAGGUUCGCACCGUUUUCGCUCGUGCUCAUCUUGCCUGGAUGUUGUACAUACAAUGCGAAAGACUCAGAAUCCCUAUCACCUGGGAUGUCAGUGUUGUUGCCUACGAGGAGGAUGUUGUGUCUGAUGGUAUCGGAUCCAAAUCGCAUACCGCUGUCUUGGAUGGACCUGUCCGGGCAUUGAGCACAGGUUACACGUGCUAUCGCAUGACUAUUCCUGCGGAGAGCGUCGAACAGAUCCCCUCUCUCCAAAAGGUCUUGGAGGAGCAGAAGCGACCCGAAUUGCGGAUCUAUAACGGACACAACCUCCACGUUGUUCUUGUUCUCUCAAAGACAGUAACUUCAUUGAUUGUGACACGGGAAGAGGAAGACGCAGGCUCCGCUGUAGAGUCUUGGCGCCCCCCCAUUUUUAUUGUACGCUGGAAGUUGUCCAUGCGGAAUCCCCAGCGUAAAUGGACAUCGGCAGGUGGGCACAUCAUCCAAGUUGGCGAUAGCGCAUAUAGCUUUGUCCCAACGUCGGCAAAUGGAGCCUGCAUGGCUCUGGAGGAUGGCGCUUCAUUAGCUGAGUGCCUCCGCCGAGGCGGUAAUAAAGGUGCUGCAAUGGCAGCUAAAAUACACGGGCUACUGAGUAAUAAAUCCAGAUACCAGCGAGUUACACUCGUCCAGCGCACAGGUUUCACUAACCGCCGUGAACUUCACAAACCUACCAAUGAGCUUACGAAGGAUCCUCAGGAUCUUUUGCGUCAAGGUAAAUGGAUAUGGAUAUGGACUCACAAUUCCGAAACCUAUGCAGCAGAAAAUUUUGAUAAGGCGCGCGCGCAUCUGGAGUCUGGCACCCCCUUCCAGAGCACGAACCUGCCGGUGGGGCACCAAUAUCAUGACUGGACAUUGAAAGCUGAAGUUGAGAAGGAAAAGCUUGGUAUCGUGGUUCCAGACUUGAAGUUGAACGGAGAUUGGAGUGUG